AUGGCCUCCAUUUCUAGACCGAUUACUGAAUUUUGCCUGGACCUUUAUAAAGAGUGCAACAGAAAUGCAGAGGGCACGAAUAUUGUCUUCUCUCCAAUGAGCAUCUCUAUUGCCCUGGCCCUGGUUGAGUUGGGUGCAAAGCACAGCAGUGCUUCUCAGAUAAAGAAAGUGCUUCACUUGAGGGAAGAUACGGGAAGAAUGAGCCUUGGAUCUGCUGAGAGCACAGCCCCGGAAACCAAGGUGGAACAAAGCCAGGAAAGACAGCCUUACUUCUCACCAUGUAGCACGGACGGGGGAACUCACCAUGAAGCUUUCCAUGAACUGCUUCUACGACUACAAAACCUUGACAAAAGAUAUAUUUUGAACCUGGCCAACAAUCUGUUUGUGCAACAGGAAUUUGAACUCCAACAGAGAUAUUUAAUGUGUGCCAAGGAACUGUACAGAGCAAUACUGCAAAGAGUUGACUUUCAAAAUGCUCUUGAAACAGCCAGAGAAAAAAUUAAUUCCUGGGUUGAAAGUCAGACACAAGGUAAAAUCAAGGAACUCUUUGCUCCUGGUGUGAUUGAUUCGCAUGCAGUGCUGGUGCUGGUGAACGUAAUCUACUUCAAAGCAUCUUGGGAACACAAGUUUGAGGAAAAAAAUACAAAAGAGAGAGCCUUUAGAUUGAAUCAGAAUGAGAGCAAACCUGUACAGAUGAUGUAUCAGAAAGGCAAGUUUAAAAUAGGUUACAUUGAGGAGAUUGGAGCUCAGAUCCUUGAACUCCCUUAUGUUCUGAAGACACUGAGUAUGUUUAUCCUGCUGCCUGAAGACAUGGCUGAUGGAUCUACCAAUGGACUGGAACAGAUUGAAAGGUCAAUGACGUAUGAAAAGUUAGUUCUGUGGACCUCUUCCGAAUACAUGUCUGAGGGAACAGUGGAGGUGUAUCUCCCACGAUUCAAGCUUGAAGGCAGCUUUGACCUCAACACCUUUUUGCAAGCGAUGGGGAUGACAGAUGUCUUCCUUGAAUCAAAAGCUGAUCUCUCUGCAAUGUCAUUUUCAAAAACUCUGUUUCUGUCAAAGUUUGUCCACAAGACCUAUGUGGAAGUCAAUGAGGAAGGCACCGUAGCAGCAGGUGCUACAGGAGCUGUCAUUGUAAGGAGAUCUCUUCCCCUCACCGAGGUAUUCCUAGCUGACCACCCUUUCAUGUUCUUUAUUAGACACAAUCCCACUGGUAUUAUUCUUUUCUUUGGCAAGCUCUGUUUACCUUAA